AUGCUCUCUUAAGAAAAUUCUUCUGUUUCAAUCACGAACAAUUAACAGCAAUAGUAGCCAAUCUCUUAGAUUAGUUCUUAGAACUCUUUUACAAAUUAUCAGCCUUAGCCAACUCCUAAUGCUUCUGCAUAAGCUGAAAGGUAAACUGCAUCCUUAUAAGUUAUUCAAACUCACAACCAAAUACCAUUUGCUGAAUUUAAAAUAAAUGAUUUGGAUACUAAACUUCAGUAGAAUUUGAAUGUGAUUUAAAUUGAGAGUGAAAAGCCAAGUACUUAAAUACUGCUUAUAAAUCAUGAUAAAAAUGAAUUUACUUAACCUGAAACUAAUCCUAUUACUUCAUCAAUAUCAAACUGCUAGCCAUCCUCAUUACAAGAACACAAAGAUAUUUUACCAUGUACUGUUUAAAAGACUUCAAAUAUUACUGAAACUCACUAAGUGAUAGAAAAGGAAAAAGUUGUGGCUUAUUAAGAUCCAUUUAUUACUACUGCACUUUAGUCUGAUGGUUUUAAAGAUUUUGAUAGCUCUUCAAAUAUGAUAUUGAAUGAGGAUUAGGUUGGCAGACUAGAUAAUCAGCAUAAAAGAAACUCUAGCAAUGAAAAAGAACCUUUGAGGGAGAAAAAAAAUUCUUAAAAUAUUCAUUAGAGAAUUAUCUUAGUUAAUAGAGACAAUAACAGGAAAAAUAGUUCUGAAAACAAAAGUUAGAACAACAGAAAUAGAUUAUCUCGAGAAAGGAAGUUUAAGUCAAGAUCUAGGUCUCCGUUAUUAAAUAACAGAUGCUUGAAUUGCAAUUGUCAUAUUAGAGAUAGACAAUAAAGAAAUGAAAGAGACGGCUACAAUAAUAGAUAAAAUCGAGAUGAUAAUUACAAUAAUAACGAUAGAAAGAGAAACUAGUUUUAAAAUCAAAAUUAUAAUAUGAAUGGAAAUAACAAUAGGAGCAACUAUAAUAAUAAUAACAGAGGAGAUUUCUAGUAGAAUAUUAGAUCUAGAAGUAUUGAAGGUAGUUGCAGUAGGAGAAAUAAUCCUAGUUUGCUUGAUGAUAGAUAUAAUAACAAUAAUAACUAUCGGGAUAUGAGAGACGGAAGAAAUAGAAACAAUGGUAAUGGGAAUAACUAUGGAGAUGGUCUAUAUCAUAACAAUAAUAGAGAUAACUAGAGGUAUUAAAACAAAAAUUUUGACAAUUAAAGAGAUCAAGAAAAGCUACUUCACAUAAUAGUAAAUCCUAAUAAAGAUAAGGUCCAUGAUGAUAACAAUAGAGGUGGUGGAGGUUAUUACAGAAAUUAUAACAGUGGAUUCAAUAAUAGAAGGGAUGACGAUGGCAAGUAAAGGAAAGAUUCAUAUUCUCGAGAAAAAGACUCCCCUCAGUAAAGACAUAAUCCUGAAAAUCCUGGUAAUAAUGUCUAUGUGGCUGGGAUUCCAAGAAGAAUAACAGAGGAAGAUUUAAGAAGAGUCUUUGUUAAAUUUGGUCCGAUUUCAGAAAUCAAGGUCAUCAGAGAUCCAGUUACUAAAAACUCCAAAGGAUUUGCUUACGUAUUAUUUGAUAGAAUUAGUGAUGCUUAAAGAGCUAUCGAAAAUUUAGAUAAUGCAAAAGUAUUUAAUGAUUGGGCUUUGAAGGUUGAAAGAGCAAAGAGAGCACUACCAUACGAGCCUAAAAAUGACAAUUAAAAUGAAGAUUCAUUCCAUGAGUAAGAAGAUGAAGAAACUGAUAUAUUGCCAAAAAUUAACAAUAAUUACAAUAGAAGGAAUAAUAAUAAUCAUCACGAUAACCCAAAUCACUAAAACAGAGGUAGAGGUGGUUAUUAAAAUGACAAUAAUGGUGAAGGUAGAAUUUAUGAUAAUAAUAAUCAUCAAAGAUAAAGACAUCAAUAGUCAAGAAGCAGAUCAUAUGAGAACAGAAGGAAAAAUGAGUCUAGAGGAGUUGAGGGAAGUGGAUAUAGAAGAGAUUAUCAUAACAAUGGUGGGAAUAGAAAUAAUAAUAAUGAUGGUAACAAUAAUCAUCACUAACAGCAUCAUAACGAUAAUCGUUAUAAUAGAAAGUACAACAAUAAUCACAAAGCAUUCUGA